GAGAUUUCAGAUAUUACAGUGUGAGUUUUUCCUGUAUUAUUCAGCGCUAUUUUCAAGCUACUUUUUAAUGUUUUUUCACUGCUGCGAAGGGUUAAUGUAAAUCUCAUUUUGUAAGGAAAAAUAUAAAUGCUUUAACCCAUGAUCUAUGCUUGUUUCUCCAGGUGUGUUUUGGGGGUGGAGUCAAUCCGAUAUUAUUCGAGUAACGCUGCAAAUACCCAUCCACAGCAUUAAUAGUUAUUCAUUGUUUUAAGGGGCUCGGUAUCUUCUUUUUGCCUAUGUCAGGUCAAGCUUGAGUUAGACAAAUCUUGCAGAACGUUUUUUUUUCUCACCAGUGGCUCAUGAACAGUUUUCGUUCUGUGCCAGACUAUAAAUAUGGAAGAUAUUAUAUACAGUUUUAUGAGUGUCUCAUAUGCUCUGAAUGCACUGUCUAGGCCUGUUGGAGUUUUCACACUCAGGAUACUGUGACUGUCCUAGAGCAACAUGUGGGAUACAGAGAGAACUGGAGGUCAGCAGAUCAUUGCAUCGCAGCCUUGGCCCUUGUCCAGUUGUAUUGCAGUUUAUUUUUAGCGUCUUAGCGGGCCUUACAUUUUUCUGUUGUUGCUAUGCCUGGGGCACAGAGUCUAAGGGCAGGACCAGCUAUACAGCCUCUUUUUAUGGGUAACCUUUCUGUAAGGUUGAGGGACCUUCUUAAAGCGGAAUGAAGUUCUAAUGCCAGUCUGUCUUAUUGUAAAUAAUGAAACUGGUGUCUGACUUUCAGGCUGAUGACUGUACCGCCCAGCCGGGUAACAAUAUGGCCUUUCAGCACCUUUACUGUCCUAAAUACCGACGUAGCUGUAGCAGCAGAAGUUGCUGUUUCCAACCAAGCCCAAUUAACUUUGGUUCCAGGUUGUUUUUAAUCAGCCUGGUAACACACCUGUGCUCUAUACUGUAAUCAAAGCACCAGGCUCCUGCAUGGCACUAUCAUAGGAAAACCAGUCACGACAGGUUUUUCUGAAGUGGCUGAAGCUGAGGGGAAAAGACCAUGUGAUCUUUGAUUAAAUCUACUGAGCAGCUGAGAUGAAACGCCCACACACUCUGGAGGCCUUCGGGCUGAGGAGUUUUAAGUGGCUGUGCUUGAGAGGAGAUUGCACAUGUCUGUAACUGUAUCCCAUCCUGCUACAGCCCCAGAGGCAUCUCAGAUCUGGCUUCCUGGGGAAAACUCUGCAGAAACGGCAGGAGCUUCUGCCCUAUGAAGCCAGGAACCCAGAGAUCCCAGAACCUUCUGCUGCCCUUAGGAUGUCGUCAUCUUAGGCCUGCCUCUCCUUCCCACGGAGACUGUUCAUUGCAGGUUUGGCACGCAUUGUGAGGUUGACCAUGGAGGAACAGACCACGUCACCUGGUGCCAACACGGACAACAGCAGCCAGAGGAACGGGGAGGAGAAACCGCGGCGCUCCAGCUGGUCCAAGGGCCGAAAGCGGAAGAAGCCGGUGAAGGACAGCAACGCGCCCAAGGCGCCCCUAACAGGCUACGUACGCUUCAUGAACGACCGGCGUGAGCAGCUGCGGGCCGAGCGGCCCGACGUGCCUUUCCCAGAGAUCACUCGCAUGCUGGGCAACGAGUGGAGCAAGCUGCCCCCCGACGAGAAGCAGCGCUACCUGGAGGAGGCGGAGCGGGACAAGGAACGCUACAUGCGAGAGCUGGAGGAGUACCAGAAGACAGAGGCAUACAAGCGCUUCACCAGGAAGGUGCAGGAGAAGCAGAAGGGCAAAGGUCACCGCGGAGACUCUUCACGGUCCGCCGGCAGCAAGUCCCUGCAUGAGAAGGACUCUGAAGGGAAGGAGAGAUCCGUGUUUGACAUCCCCAUCUUCACAGAGGAGUUCCUGAACCACAGCAAAGCACGUGAGGCGGAAAUGCGGCAGCUGAGGAAGACCAAUAUGGAGUAUGAGGAGCGCAACGCCGCACUGCAGAAGCACGUGGAGAGCAUGCGGGGCGCCGUGGAACGUCUGGAGGGCGACGUCAUGCAGGAGCGCAGCCGCAACGGCCUCCUGCAGCAACACCUGGAGAAUCUGCGGCAGGCGCUCACCUCCAGCUUCUUAAACCUGCCCCUGCCAGGCAGCGGGGAGACCCCGACCCUGGACACCAUCGACUCCUACAUGAAGAAGCUGCACGCCAUCAUCCUAGCCGACCCCCAGCAGCACGAGGGGCUGAUCGGCGCGGUCAGGGAGGUGGUUAGCCACCUGGAGCGGUAGAACCAGAGAGCUUGAGAGGCAGCUGUCGCUAUUGGCAAGCUGAGGACGUCUGAGAUCUAGCGAUGAGUCGCUUCUUCACAUUAACGCAGCACCAGAGUUUUUAAAUCUCCUGAAACUCCCAGCAAGUACAAGGCGGCAGGCAGUUUUUUUAGAAUUAUUUAUCAUUUUCUGUGCUCAUUUUUCCGCUGUGUUCAGUCGCGUUAUAAAAUGCCGUCGGAAAUAACCCCCCCCCCCCUCCAAAAGGCGGUGUCUGUGUUUGACAUUGCCAGUGGUCUGUGCUGUAGACUUCAGAAUUCUGAGGGCGAAACUUCACUUUCUGUCAAUUAUGCAUUAUUAGAUAGCCAUGAUGUUUUCUAUGAUAUAUUUUAGACUUUUUUUUUAGUAAGUGUUCAUUUAGAGUGUAGCAAUCAUCCAAAGUACAAUGAACCUCUGAGUGUUUAUAUCUGAGCGAGGCAUACCUAAAUAUCGGCGUACCAGUCUUCAACACCUUUGAACUUUAUAAGUACUUAAAUGUUGUGUUCAAUAAAAUUCUUUUACAGUA